AUGUUUCAAGCACAUACUCUCAGUUUUUCUAGAUAUGGGCGUGGUUUAAUUGCAUUUGAGCCCCUUAAUGGUGUUUAUAAAGUAGUGUUGUUUUCUGUCGAGGGUCUCGGUCAAAUGGCCUUUGCCUUUCAUGAAGAUGGAAAAUUCUGUGUUUCCAAUAUUGGAUAUAACAAUUCGAUUUUAGAGGAUGAUGAGAAUAGAAUCUAUAAUGAUAUAAUCCUUUAUAUGGGGAAGAUUUAUGUUAUCGAUAAGAGUGGAAUUAUUUUCUGGAUCAAUUGUUCAUCCAUUAAGUUGGUUCGGUCUUCACCCUCCUUAAAUAAUGAUGGUAGCAAGAAGCGUUUGGUGGAGGCGCGUGGAAGUCUUUUUGUGGUUGAAAUGUAUUUCAGAAGAACUGCUAUGAAUACAUGCAAAUUAGUCAUGGAUAUCAGUGUUUUGAAGAUUGAUGAAGAAUCAAGUAGAUGGCUUCGUGUAACAUACUUGGGUGAUGUUCUGUUUGUUUUGGGCUCUCAAGCCCCGAUACUUUAA